CGAUAUCUCGUAAACGGAGCGAGAUAUCAAUUUUUUUUAUUUAAUAAAAAGUGUUUAUUUUGGGCUAAUUUACCUAAAAGUGAAUUCAAAUCUUGGCGCCCCAGAAACUAAAAUCUCCCCAUAUUUCAUUCACUUGGAAAGUCUAAUAACUAAAAAUGGCCACAAGUUCUUCGCAAACAACUGAUUCACAGCGUAAUUUGAGUGAAUUGGAAAUCGAUCAAUACGAAAUACAGAAUUUCAUGGGUCUUAUCCUUCAUGUAGUGAGACACAAUGGCUUAAUUUAAAUCUUUUUUUAUCAAUACUAUAUCAGCCAACGCGACGUAUUUCUCAAUUUUGAUGUUGAGAAAUUGCAAUGUCUUCUCGAAUCGGACAAUUUGAAUAUAACUUGUGAGGAAGAUGCCUAUGAUGCCAUAACUCGUUGGUAUCAUUACGAUGUUUCUGCGCGUCGACAACAUCUUCCUCGUUUAGUCGCUUGCCUGCGGCUCACGCAAUUCGAUGUGGACUUCCUCUUCACUCACAUUCAGUCUUUACCUGGCUGUGAGCUGUUGGACUUACAGGCGUCCACGUGGAUCAGUAAUCCCUCAGCAAGGAAUAUAAUAAAUAUCCGAUUUACUGAACCACGAGUAGGGAUCGGUGCUGAGAAAACAUUACUGGCUGUUCAUAGAGAGCGUAAUGAGACGAAUCCAUGCAUACUGCAAUAUAACAAAGCUAAGGACAAAUGGCAAAAAUAUGCGACUCUAAAUGAGAAUAGUGCGAACUCUAAUGCGAUUUUAAAGGAUGACAAUUUGUUAUUUAUUGGUGGUGGUGGUGUAUUUUCGCCAUUAUCCGAAAAAUGUCUCAGUUGGAACAUAAAAAAUAAAACAUGGCAAAAAUUGCCAGUAAUGCUCGAAGCAAGAUACGAUCCUAGUAUUGUCGAAUUAGAUGGAAAAAUCUACGCAAUUGGUGGUUAUGGUGAUAAUAAAACUGUUCUGCAGUCAGUUGAAAGGUAUACGGAAUCCAAUGGUUGGGAGUCCGUGGCACCUUUGCGUACAGCACGACGUGGGGCCGCACCAGUAACUUUCAAUGGAAAAAUUUACAUAAUGGGCGGUUUCAAUGGAAAUUGCUUAAAAUCCGUUGAAUGCUAUCACCCGGACUUGAAUACUUGGACUUCUUGUGCAGAUAUGUUAUAUGAUUAUUUUUCGGUAGCUGCACACAAUGGUCACAUCUAUGUUGUUGGCGAUUAUUAUUUCUCCUGCAUUGUUGAACGUUACGAUCCUCAGCGAGACACAUGGUCUAAGAUUUGCUCUCUGGAUGAUGCCUUCAGGGGCAGUCGCGCUUGCGCAUCUUUUGACAAUAAACUAUGGACUAUUGGUGGCAGCCUUCUGGAUGGGAGUACAGCAGUAGCAGUGUACAAUGAGGCAAAUGACUCUUGGGAAAUGAAGCGACCAUUAGCUGUAGGUAGGAUACGUUCAUGUUUUGUUGUUUCUUUGUCUUUACUGACAUCAAUACAAUAACUACUUAUAAGAAAAACACAAAAUAUGAUUAAUUUUCACUUUUUACAAUAUGUCUAACGCGAAUCAAAAGCUGAAAUGGUAAAAGUUUGUUGUAAUUGUCAAUGCUUUCGUUCUUGUUUUGGAAUAAAUAUAUAUAUAAAUAAA